AUGACGUGUCUCUCCCCCAGCACCUUCCAUUCUUCACCUGUUUGGUCCGCUUCCCGACCGGAUAGGAAGGGGAUCGAAGGAAUCAAAGAAAAAACUGUGCCUACCACUCGGCAUCUAGCGUUCAAAUAUUCACUCACCCGAACAUUCUAUUUUAAUGGUUACCUUUCUUUCUUUCUUUCUUUCUUUCUUUCUUUCUUUCUUUUCUCCAUUUUCUCUAUUUUCUUGAAGCAGACGUAUCUUCCCUUUCUUUCUUUCUUUCUUUCUUUCUUUCUUUCUUUCUUUCUUUCUUUCCUUCUUUCUUUCUUACUUUCUUUCUUUCUUUCUUUCUUUCUUUAUUUUCUGUUCCUUUCUAUUUCUCCCACUUUCUCUUUUCUUUACUUCCAUUCAGUGAAGCAGACGUUAAAACUGUUACCGCUUCCUCUAUUUUCUUUCUUUCUUUCUUUCUUUCUUUCUUUCUUUCUUUCUUUCUUUCUUUCUUUCUUUCUUUCUUUCUAUUUUCUCCCCUUUCUAUUUCCUUCUUUUCUUUUUUCCUCGCAUUCAUUUCUCUGA